AUGACACUUAAGCAAAUAAUUGAAACUUUGGUUAGGAGGGAAAGAGAUAAUAAUGACAACCACGUUUGUUCAAGCCUUCAACCACGGAGAGGAGGAUUUGAAUAUUUAGAUGUCCUGGCACGAUUAAUUUUAGGAAAAGAAGACGUUUGUGCUGCCAGAUUUGCUAAUAAUCCUCAAGAGGCAGGAAAUUACAUAACGUUAGCUGAGAUAGCCAUGGAAAGAGUUUUAGAAGUUAAUUCAUUGAGAACUAGGUAUAGAGAAUUAACAAGGUUAAAGGAUGAAAUUGUGAAUUACAGAAGCAAUCGGAAUUUUUCUUCUAAUGACAAGCUUAAUAGUUUAAAUACUAUUCAAAAUUUAGCUCAAGUAGUUUACAACAAGAUCACAGAAGAGAGAAGAUUAGCAAACCGAGAAAGACAAAACGGUCGAGAGGACGAGGCAAACAGAAUAAAUCGAAAAGCUAAUUGGGCUUGA